UUGACGUGGGGAUCUGCUCUUCGGAUUUCAGUUCUGUUGAUCCUUGUAGCUGCAAUCGUCCUAGCUUUCUAUUUCCUCCCCGUCGAGCAGCUUCUGAGGGAUUUUUUAUUAUGGGUUGAACAAGAUCUAGGGCCUUGGGGACCGCUUGCCCUAGCUGUUGCCUACAUUCCUCUUACAGUUCUGGCUGUUCCUGCCUCUGUUCUUACGAUCGGUGGCGGCUACCUCUUUGGACUACCAAUUGGUUUUGUGGGGGACUCGGUCGGGGCCACGCUUGGCUCUGGAGCAGCAUUUCUUCUAGGCCGUACGAUUGGAAAACCUUUUGUAGUUGCAAAGUUGAAGGACUAUCCUCAGUUUCAGUCGGUGGCUCUCGCUAUUGAGAAAUCCGGUUUCAAGAUAUGCUUGUUGCUCCGGCUUGCUCCACUUCUCCCCUUCAGCAUGUUGAACUACCUCUUAUCUGUAACUCCAAUCACGCUGGGACCAUACUUGCUUUCUUCUUGGUUAGGGAUGAUGCCAAUAACGCUUGCGUUAGUGUACGUUGGAACUACUCUAAAAGACCUUUCUGAUGCGACUCACAAGUGGAGUGAACUAUCUUUCGGUCACUGGGCAUCCUUGAUUCUGAGCCUUGUAGUAUCCGUGAUAUUGAUGGUGUGUGUUACUAAGGUGGCACAGAACGCUCUAAGAAAAGCUUUAGCAGAGCACGGAGGAGACAUGAACGGAGCGGUUGCUGCCUCGCCUGAGCUUAACGAUGUGGUUGAUGCUCCGGCUGAUUUAAAUGAGCCGCUCUUGAUAAAGAUAGAUUCUCAAUCACCUCAGGACCAAGAAAACCAGAGUCAUGAAAAAAGCUGCUGGUUAAAUUACUUUGUACAAUAAUCUUAUCAUUAACUUACAAAGCUACAAAACAUAGGUUCGCUGGGGAAAAAAAGACAGCCGUCAAUGCAUAUAUAUAUCGUUCUAGAGUUCUAGCUAUUGGUUCUUGGGUUUUGUAUAAGAACAUAGAUUAAUAAAU